AUGUCAGGUAAGGCGUGUUAUAUUUGUGGGAAGUUAGGCCAUUUGGCCGGUGAUUGUGAUUCUGAGAAGCUAUGUUACAACUGUAACAAGCCAGGUCACGUUCAAUCUGAAUGUCCUGUUCCAAAAACUGUCGAAUUCAAGCAAUGUUACAACUGUGGUGAAACUGGUCACGUCAAGACUGAGUGCACUGUGCAAAAGUGUUACAACUGUGAAGGGUUUGGCCACAUCUCUAGGGACUGUGACCAACCAAAGAAGUUCAGACAAAAUGGCGAACGUUCUGCUUCAAAGGUUUCUUGUUACAAGUGUGGUGGUCCAAACCAUAUGGCUAAGGAUUGUUUGAAGAGUGCUCCAACUUGUUACAACUGUGGUCAAGCUGGCCACAUGUCCAAGGAUUGUGAAAACGACGAAAACGAAAAGGUUUGCUACAACUGUAACGGAGUUGGCCACAUUGCCAAGGAAUGUCCUUCCUACUAA